GUCGGUGCUCGCGGCUUUACGGCAAACCCCGCCCGCCGCCGAGGCAAGAUGGCGGCGCCCGCGGGCAAGAUGGCGGCGCCCACGAACUGUACGGAAAAGCGGGGAGCGAAGCAAGAUGGCGGCGCACAGAGGGAUGAGGGCGGGGCAAGAUGGCGGCGCCCGUGCGGCGUACGGGGGUGGGGUUACGGUGAGAUGGCGGCGACCGCGGGGCGGGGCGAGGCGGCGGGGACGAGGGCGGGGCGGGAAGCGACGCGGGAUGGACGGCGGCGAGCGGCUCCUCCCCAAGGGCUUCCCCAAGCUGAAGAAUGACACGUUCCUGCGUGCGGCACGCGGCGAAGAGACGGAGCACACCCCAGUGUGGUGCAUGCGGCAGGCGGGACGCUACCUGCCUGAGUUUCGGGAGACCCGGGCCGCUCAGGAUUUCUUUGACACUUGCCGGAGUCCCAAAUUGUGCUGUGAGCUGACAUUGCAGCCACUCAGACGAUUCCCCCUGGAUGCUGCUAUCAUUUUCUCUGACAUCUUGGUGGUGCCCCAGGCACUGGGCAUGGAGGUUGUCAUGGUCCCCGGCAAAGGACCCAUGUUUCCAGAGCCCCUGAAGGAGGUGGAGGAUCUACUGAAACUACGGCAGAAAGUGGACGUGACUGCAGAACUGGGUUACGUCUUCCAGGCUAUCACACUGACACGGCACAGCCUGGAGGGCAAGGUGCCCCUCAUCGGCUUCUCCGGGGCACCUUGGACGCUUAUGUCCUACAUGGUUGAAGGGGGUGGCUCUGCUACAAUGGCAAAGGCCAAAAGCUGGCUGUACCGUCACCCUGAAGCAAGCCACCGACUGCUACGGCUGCUGACUGAUGUUGUCACUGACUACCUCGUGGGGCAGGUGGCUGCUGGAGCACAGGCGCUCCAACUGUUUGAGUCCCAUGCAGGGCAUUUAGGCCCAGAACAGUUUCAGGAGUUCGCCCUGCCAUACAUCCGAGACAUCGCCCGGGAUGUUAAGAGCAAGCUGAAAGCAGAGGCACUGCCACUGGUGCCCAUGAUUGUCUUUGCGAAGGAUGCACACUACGCACUGCGUGAUUUGGCACAAGCUGGCUACGAGGUUGUUGGUCUUGACUGGACCAUCCAGCCCCAGGAAGCUCGUGCACAGGUAGGGAAAGGUGUCACCCUGCAAGGAAACCUGGAUCCCUGUGCUCUCUAUGCACCCAAGGAGAAGAUUGGCGAGCUGGUGAAGAAAAUGCUGGAGAGCUUUGGAACCCAACGCUACAUUGCCAACCUGGGUCACGGCCUCUACCCAGACAUGAACCCUGAGCAUGUGGGUGCCUUUGUGGAGGCUGUGCAUGCUCAUUCCCGCCACAUCAAUAAACAUGGCUGAGCCUGGGGACAGGACUUCAGGUUGUGCACAACUACCCUGAAUAUGUUUUUGUCACAGGGUAGCUUGCUCCAGGUUGUGAUGCAGCAUUAAACUAGCACCUUCUCCACAGCACCUGCAUGGCUCUAGCUGGGAGUAGGGAAUUGGCCUUGGAAAAGAUUAGCAUGUGAGGCCAAGGAGACCCUGAUCCCCAUCCUGCUGGUGAGGGGACACUGAUGGGGAAGCAGGGAUACCAGGGAAGCAGGGUCGCUGUUCCUUUGCAGUCUAUGCAUUGUUAUGCUAUGUACCUGCAAGAGGGGAUGUGCUCAGAAUGCAAUGGCCAUCUCCUGGCACUGGGGAUGCACUCACCCCUGCCAGGGGAGAAGGGGUACCUAAAGCUGGCACUUUCAUGGGGAGCUCAGGGCUUAUAUCCCAUGCCACCCUGGGCUCAGCAUGAGCACUGCCAAAGCCCUCAACAACCAAUGCCACAGCCCUGCUCAGGUGGAAAUGGGCAGCAUGACCGUGAUUCAGGUUGUUAUGAAGUUGGUGGUCCACCUGGCAGGACUCACCUGGAGACAGCCAGCACCCUCCAGGCACCAGCACCACCAGAUGCUGCCAUGCUGGCUGCAAUAGCAGUUGAUAGCAUAGUGUUAGCAAGGCCAUCACAUAGCCUUUCUUGGACCAUCCCCCAGCCACACAUCUCAUCUCCUCUGUUCCCCACGAGCAGUUGUGCCUGGGGCUCAGCACCGACUGCAAAAAGCAAAGCUGGGUGUUGGCAGUAUCCUGAGCCUGGGGAUACAACAACACAUCCCACAGCACACAGGGCAGCUGUAGAGUGGAUUGAGCACAGUGAGGAAUCACAUCCUGGAUUGGACAUGAUUCUCUGUGAGCCUUCUUAGGGUGCUGGGUACCACAGGGGGGAUUGAGAUGCUGCAUACACUGGGGAUGUGCCAUGCUUGCAUUGCACUCAACAUGAGGCUGUCUGGAGAUCCCUCUGGCUUCAGAGAAACACGGUACAUACGCAUGGUAAUGUUCAUCCCUUUUAUUAUUAAACAUCAGAUGAAGAGGUCGCACACACACAUACACACACGCACACAAACAAAACAAAACAAAAAAAAAAGAAGAAAAACAGACUGGUUGAAGAAUGCUAUUUCGGUGGCGACAGA